AUGAGUUUCCACGAGUCAGCGGUCGAUAUCGAGCUUCAUGAUGGCCACAUUCUUACGGCCAAGCUGCGAGACGGCGAGGGCGAAGAAAAAGAUGCUGAAAUAAACUUGAACGAGAUAAUCGGCAAUGAUAACGGCCACUUCUCUUGGGGCGGAGAGAACUUCCGCGACAGUGCUUCUGGCGUUGAGCUUUCUAUUGAAGGGGAAGGAAUCCCUGUGUUACGAGCUGUCCUGACUGACCUGGAAGGGAUGGAGAUCGAAGCGAACGUCAACUUGGCAGAGCGUAUCUCUAACAACAAUGGAGAGCUGGUGUUUGUCUGA